AUGCCGUCUCCAAUCCCCGUGACACGCCUUCUCCCGAGAGACUUCGGUCUCAAGGUGGGCGUCUGCAGCAGCCCUCUCACUAAACAUUCAGGGGACGCGAAUCUUCGUGUGCCGGUCAGCAAGUUUCACGGGAAGCUCGUGUGCAGACUCUGGUCUUCUGUGAUCCACUGGCGCGAGCUCUGUGAUCUGGAGCCCAUCGGCUCCGGCGGAUUUGGCUUUGUGUUCAAAGCUACGUACUUCGGUGAGACGGUGGCGGUGAAGCGCGUCAAGUGCGCCAAGAACAAAUUGGCUUCCCGGCAGAGUUUCUGGGCCGAGCUGAACGCGGCGCACCUGCAGCACGAGAACCUGGUGCGCGUGAUCGCCGCCAGCACGCAGGCCAACGGCGACGACCUCUUGGGCGCGAGCGGCGACAGCGUCAUCGGCACCAUCGUCAUGGAGUACGCGGGUGAUGUGAACCUGCAGCAGGUGAUCUACAGCGCCGCCGAGCAGCUCCGCCCCGAGUCCUGCGUGCGUUACGCAGCAGACGUGGCGCGCGCCCUUAGGCACCUGCACGCCCACGGCAUCGUGCACUUGGAUCUGAAACCCGCGAACGUCAUCGUUUCCCGCGCGGGCGCAUGCAAGCUGGCGGAUUUCGGAUGCUCGUUAAAAGUGGAGCUCGUGCGCGAUCGCGCUGCCUCAGCUCGCCGGAUGGAGAUCGGCGGCACGUACACGCACCGAGCCCCCGAACUCCUCAGGGGAGAGGACGUAACACCCGGAGCAGACGUGUACUCUUUCGGCGUCACUCUCUGGCAGCUGAUCACACGUGAGCCGCCGUAUGAAGGAGAGCGACAGCACAUCCUGUACGCCGUGGUCGCCUUCAACCUGCGCCCUGACCUAAACAAGCACGUGUUCAGUCCGGCCGGACCGGGCUGCCGGUUUAAGGAGCUUCUCAGACGGUGCUGGAGCGCGGAACCGAGCCAAAGACCGAGCGCAGGACAGCUCCUUAGAGAGCUCUCAGAGUUCCCAUCGUGAUCUCGACCAUACUUUAAAACCUACUUCCGUCCAAAACAGUAGGUCUGGAAAAAAUAAACACGACCUGACUUCUUUUUUAAAAAAAGUAUAUAUCGGUGCUUAUUGCGUUUACAUUCUUUGUAAUCUUGUUUAAUAUUUACGUCUUUUUGUGAUGUUGGAUGUAGCUUAAACAGUGGAUCCUCCUAUUAUUUUAAUAUGAUCUUACAAUAUUCUUUACAAUGACCCCUUUGUUUAUAACUGUUGUAAAUAAGUUUCAAUGUAUAAAUAUAACUAACGUGUGUAAAUGAAUUCUUGUUUUACAUUUGGAUUUUCAAUGGACUUAAUUAAAAGUUUUCAUGUAAACAGUGGAUCUUUAUUUUAUUUAAGAGUUUCUAACUCUCUCUUGGCUAUAUCUAAACCAGUGGUCACCUACUCUCUU